UCAAAGGCUGCUGCCACCUGCUAGCUACUCGGAAUCGUCUUGACAUAGCACUCUUCAUUCCGAACAACAAAAACGACACGGUAUGGCGUUCUUUCUCAGGGAAUGCACCGUCGGUAUCGUCCAUGUCGACGACAAUAUCAUCCUGGGUGCCCGGGGCAUCGCUGAAUGGCUCGAUCAACCUUCACUAAGAGUCGUACCUCGCUACGGACUGAAAAGAUCGACGACACUGCUUCAAAGUUCGGAGACCAACGGCGGGGAAGGCUCUUCCACGAACGCAGGGAUCGAGAGGGCUCUCCAACAUUACCUCGUCGGCUCUGCACUUGAAGAAGCGUUGGAAGCAGAUGCAAAUGAUGUCGAGAUCUUCUGGCCAUUCAGAUCGAAGAAUGAGGUGGUUGCGUCCGAAGGAGGGCUGGAAGAGCUGAAGCGGAGAAGGAUUGAGCGGGAAGGAGAUAAGGUUGAUUGGCGGGGUCGGGAAGCUAUCCUCCACCACAUCUUCUUUCGAGAGUGGGGUCUUCAACCUCAGAACAAUACGACCGCUCUCCUUUUGCUCCUUCCGCCCCAUCCUUCGGUACUCUCCCCGUCCACCCUCGAAGACUGGUCACGAUUAGCGUUCGAAUCCUUGAACUGCCCCGCAUUCCACCCCAUGCCAUCAUGUGUCGCCGCUGGAUUUGGAGUCGGCGUUGCUUCAGGACUCAAUGUCCACAUCGGGUUGGAGGCCACCGACAUCGUCCCAUUCGUCGAUAGCGUCGUUCGGCCAGAAGCGCACGUCCGAGUGAACUGCGGGACUCGGGACUGUAUCACCUACUUUGCCGAGAUCCUCUCGAAGGAUGAGUCUGUCAGGCGUGCCAUCGAGGACCUAGCUGCCGAAAGCUCUUCAGGCGGAUCAAGCGAAUCACACAUCAACAGCUUGUUUACCGAACUUGCGGAAGCGGUUUUGAGGGAAGAUGCACCGAGGUUAUUGGUACCUCUGGCAAACGGUCAGACAGUGCCGGUCGGUAAUGAAAAGGAAGAAGAAUCGGAAGAGGGCGUUUUCGAUGUUGCGAAAGAAUUGACACGUUCCGAUGCCUCGAAAGCGAUACAACAGCUCAAGGAAGCGAGAAGCAAGAAAGGGGCAAGCGCCCAAGCUCUUGCUGAUAAGCAGGCGAACCAGCGAGCGGCGCAAGCUGCGGCUCAGGCAGCAGCAGAGUUGGCUGCGGAUAUCCAAAAGUUCAACCUGAGAGGUCGGGAGAUCGGGAUUGGUCCGAUCAGGCAUCGAGCUUGCGAGCCUCUCUACAGGGCUUUCGAUAAUCUACCAUACGGGAACGGUCGCACGGUACAAGAGGGUAUGGCGCUAGCAGUAGCUGCCAUUGAUAUCCGUGAACGACAGAAUGUUUGGGAUGGAGUGGUGUUCACCGGCGAACUGUCCAAGAUCCCUUCGUUAUCAUUUGCUAUUGUCUCUUGGUUGAACGUUUUCUUGGUAUCUGAUCCGAAUCGCGACAACGAUGGCCAGCCUUCGAGCGUUCGAAUACUGAAGUUACCAGAAUAUUUCACCAACCUUCGGGGUCAGGCGACCAAUCUCGCGCCUUUCGUUGGUGCUUCUCUCGCUGCAAAGAUCAUCUUCAGCGAUAGCAACAGACAUUGCGUCACCAAAGUGGAUUAUAAUAACCACGGGCCCGCUGCGAUCCGACUUAGUGGAGGGGGAGAUUAGCGCCCUUGUUUUUGGGACUGUCGUCGACUGAUGAUGAAAUUGUAAUGCAAAG